AUGGCGUUUGGAGACAGGAUGCUGGUCCUCAAAAGGUGGACUCCAGAAAUGGACGAAUUCGAUCUCAAUACCAUCUCCUUUUGGAUGCAGAUCUGUGGAAUCCCACUCAUUUUCCUCACCAGGAACGUCAUCAACCACAUUACAAGCACUCUGGGACCUGUCAAAGUUGUUGAUUUCAAUCCAGAAGCUGCUGCUGCUGUCGAGCUCGUGCGAGUGAAGUUCAAGUAUGAGAGGCUUCGUGGAUUCUGUGAAGUGUGUGGAUGCCUAACCCAUGACACAGGGGCUUGUGUUGUCGUUGAGGAUUUGCCAGAAGCGGGAGAUGAUGAUGACAAUGACAACAAUGGAGAUGAUGCCAACGGGGAUGAUGAGGAUCAUCACGUUCACAUUCCAAAUCCGUUCAUGCAACAUCUCAACCAACAUCAGAUGCAAGAUGAUGGUGGCCACAAUGAAGACCACCAAGAACCGGCAGGAGACGAGGCAAUGCCUGAAGAUAUGGAUGAUAUGAGAGCUGCUGACUUUUAUAUGACUCCUUAUGAGUUGGUGCAGCCGAUCAUGAAGCACAAGCACUGA